ACAUUCACAUGAUAGCUUUGAACGUGACACUGUUCUUUUCGAUCACUUUAGUAAUACUGUUUCUUCGAAAUGCACGAACGACUUCUUCCAGCCUCUCCCAAUUGGUACUGUUCGCGAUGCAGCGACACAAACAUUAACGGUAUUCUAGGAUUUGGAGCUAAAAACACUAUCUAUUUGGCCAAAGUAACCCCGGCAUCAUCAACGAUUGUAGGUGAACUAAGUGGCCACAAGGAAAGAGUUUCUGGUUUUGCCUUUUCCCAGUAUGCUGGUCAAGAGAACCUGUGCGUCAGCUCCUCUGAUGAUGGGACGGUUAAAAUAUGGGAUAUCGACCAGAGAGCUGUGUUAACAGAGCACAGAACUCACCAGAACACCAUCUCAGCGGUCCACUGGUCUCCCGUGGAGAAGAGUCUGGUCGUGUCUGGGGAUGAGAAAGGCAUCGUGGUUUGCUUCUGGCACAGCAGGAAUGACGUCCAUAGUUUUUUCCCCGAACCCAGAACCAUCUUCUGCCUCUCCUGCUCUCCGCACAACGAGAACUAUGUCGCAGUGGGCUACAAGGACGGGAUGAUUGUGCUCAUAGACGUCAGUAAGAAAGGCGACGUUAUCCAUCGACUCCGGGGACACGAUGACGAGAUCCACGCCCUGGCCUGGUCUCCCCAGCCCCACGAGGAGGUCCUCUACAACCGAACGGAGGAGAACACGGAGGUGACUAAUGGGGUCGGUGAUGGGGACGGGACGGGGUGUUACUUGGCCUCCGGCAGCCGGGACCAGACCGUACGGAUCUGGAGCACCGCCAGAGGAAAAGGCGUCAUGACCCUAAAACUGCCCUUCCUGAAGAGACGGGGGGCGGGGGCGGACCCAGGAGUGAAAGAGAGGCUGUGGCUGACUGUUCAUUGGCCCAGGGGACGGCCCAAUCACGUCGUGUCCAGCUGUUUUGGAGGUGAGCUGGUUCUGUGGGACCUAACCAAAACAGGCAAACAGAAAUGGAGUUUACUGGGCGCCUCGGCAGACGGACAGAACCACAGUCGGAUUGUCUUUAACAUGAGCUCGGUGCACAUGGACCAACGACACCUCCUCAUCAGCACCUCCAUGGACAGAGAGAUUAAAUGCUGGGAUCUGGACACACUGGAGUGGUGUUGGACGUUACCCACUCUGGGGGGGUUUGUGUACGCCAUGAGUUUUUCUCCGGUGGGCACCGGCGCGCUCGCCCUGGGGGUGGGGGACAACAUGAUCCGCGUGUGGAACACGCUCGCCAUCCAAAACCAGUACGACACCAAAGUCUUCUGGCAGGGCAUCAAGUCGAAGGUCACGGCGUUGGCAUGGCACCCAGUGAAAGAGGGCUCUCUCGCCUUUGGCACGGACGAUGGCAAAGUUGGCAUUUAUGACGUGUACUCAAACAAGCCUCCUCAGACAUCUAGUAGUUACCACAGGAAGACAGUCUACACGCUAGCCUGGGGUCCCCCUGUUCCUCCACUGUCGUUUGGGAAUUCAGGAGACAAACCGUCCUAUAGCUUGUACAGCUGUGCCGGAGAAGGAGUCAUCCUUCAGCACGACCCGUGGAAACUGUCAGGGGAUGCCACAAACAUCGACAAGGUCAUUCGAGAGACCAACAACAUCAAACACAAACUCUCACCACACACAGACAUGUGCUGGAAGCCAGAUGGCAGAGCGGUUGCUAUCGGCAAUGAGGAUGGCUCCAUUGACAUAUAUGAGGCUCCCAGUCUGAGACUGGUCUGCAGUAUCCAGCAGCACCAUAAGUUAAUUAACGCCCUGUGUUGGCACCAUUCCCACUCCACCCAGCCUGACCUGCAGUACCUGCUGGCCUCAGGGUCAAACAACGCCCUGGUUUACGUCCAUGACCUCCGCAGCGCCCUAGAAACGGCGGUGGAAAGUCCGGUUCUGCUGACGGAAGCGUAUCGGAGCCUUUCGGGUCACACGGCGAAAAUCACCGGCCUGGACUGGAGCCCUCACCACGACGGGCGACUGGUCACUGUGUGUUACGACGGGACCGCCCAGGUGUGGGAUAUUUUGAAAGGAGAGCCCCUCGUCAACUACAGGGGUCACAAAGGUCGGCUCUUGUGUGUUCAGUGGUCCCCCGUGAACUCUGACCUUAUCUGGACGGGAGGGGACGACUUCACCGUUCAAGAGUGGGCGGCGUCCAAACAGGAACACACCAACCCCCCCAAAAGUAAAAGAGGAAUGGAGCACGAGAAAAAGAAAGGACAGACGGUCAAAAGCAAAGGGAAGAAAAAAAAGAAGACAGGAACGAAGAAAGGGCAGGCCGCGGAGGGGAACGAGUCACCCAGCGGGGAGGAGGACAAAGGAGGAGUCGGCACCGGGCCGUCCGAAAACGAAGAGGAAGAGGAGGAGGAGGAGAGAGGGAGCACCAGCACUCCUCUCAUCUCCGAUUCAGGCCUGCCAAAAGAGUCCAGAAGCCCAAUGGACAGAUCUGCCGCAGACAGAAUGCAAAAUGUUGUGAAGCCCCUCCCCACGGUGAAGAAAGAGGUGAAAGAGGAGAAAAGAAAAGAGAAACCAGAGUCGUUGCUGAAGAAAAGAAAGCCGCGUUCUAUCCUACCCCUGAGCACCUCCAUGGACCACAGGCCGAAGGAGCAGCUCCAGCUGGACUGUCUGACGUUAGCCCAAGUCAAACACUCCCACGGUGCGCUUGGCCAGUGUGUUCCAGGUAGUGGAGACCAGAUCCAGUUAGGACUUUUCACCGACAGAGAAGCCCUCUAUCGAAUGUUCCAGGAAGAGGAGGAGAGCCAUGUGGAGGCGGGACACUUUGACUCAGUGAUGUACCUGAGGCUGUGGAAAGGAGACGUAGCCGGAGCGCUAAAGCUAGCGACAGAGAGAGGGGAGCUGUCCGACCACCUCCUCUCACUGGCACCCAUGGCGGGGUAUAAGGUUUGGGCGAGUGCAGUGGAGGCGUAUGUGAAGCAGCUGUGUUUACAGGAGCAGUACCUCAAAGCCGCCUCUCACCUCCUCUCCAUCCACAAAGUCUACGAGGCCGUUCACCUCCUCAAGUCUCACCAGUUCUACAGGGAGGCCAUAGCUCUGGCCAAAGCUCGUCUCCAGGCCGACGACCCCGCCCUCAGAGAGCUGUACAUGAGCUGGGCGGCCGUCCUAGAGAAAGACGGACACUAUUCCGCCGCCGCCAAAUGUUAUCUGGCCGCAGAUGCCGGGUUCGACGCAGCCAAAGUCAGCGCUAAGAAAGGGGAUGUGACCUCAUUAAAAACCGCGGCCAAUCUGGCGCGCGUGGCUGGCGAGAAGGACCUAUCACAUUCGCUCUCCCUCAGAUGUGCCAAGGACCUGAUGCUCGCGCAGGAUUGGCUGGCCGCACAGGACAUCCUGAGCGCUCAAGAGACCUUAUUGAGUCAGCGUUUGCUGUUGUGCGUUGCUGAGCUUCUCACGCUCAGACUCUCGCGGACGGAGGUCGUGGCCUGGACCUGUAGCUCCGCCCACCCCUGGGCCACGCCCUCAGAUGACCCCUUCCUGCGCGUCAUUCCCGAAGUCUGGGAGAGAGAGUUUAACGUGGACCUCUCUGACCCAGACAAGCUGAGAGCUGUGUAUCAGCAGCUGAAAACCACUGACGCUCCCCCCGCCAACGCCUCCGUGCCUCUGAAACAGCUUUUGUCCCACGUGGCUUUGCAUGUGACCCUGGGCGUGCUGAGCUGGUUGCUAGGCGACUGGGGGUCGGUCGUCGAGGAACUGCUGCGAGCGGUGGCACGAGGUGCAGAGGUCGGGAAUUUCGCGUUAACGGCGGAGAUGUGUCGGAUACUGCUCCCCGACGGUUUGGACUCGGUCUUGUUCCUCAAGCAGAAGCUGAGCCCAGAAGAUGAUGCGAGUUUGACCGCCGCCCAUAACCUGGAGGCUUUCUACUGUUACCAGCAAAUGUACUGUGAUUGGUGGAACCAGUCACACCAGGCCACCAAACUGACCAAUGGGCAUGCAAGCAGCAGUCACCAAACUCCCGGUGAGGUUCAGAUGGAAGAUGCCAGCCAGAAUGGAGGCUCUGACCCAGACGUCGUAGCUUUAGGCACUGAGGGCGACGCAAGGUCUACGUUGUGUUCUUCUCUGAGUUUCUGGAAGGUUCUUCUUUCAGAGCCUCACGCCAUGGCUCAGGCUACCCAGAGAACCAUAGCAGAGGUCCAGCAGAGAGUAGCCAGCCUGAUUCAGCAACACAGCUCCUCCCAGGUGGUCCAAUCACAUCCAGAGACGCACACGGACUCCCAGAACCUCCCUCAGAACUCCAGCACCUCCACAGAGCAGGGAGCAGGUCCUGGUGGACAGAGUGGGUCUCUGACUGAUGCUGAUUCUCUCCCUGCUCUGACGGCACUGGUGUGUGAGCACCACAAAACACUGGCAAAUUGUCCCGAAUACGUCAAAAAAUUUCCAUUCCCUGAUGUGCUGGAAUGCUGUCUAGUCUUCCUGUACAUGGAGAGGCACUCUGCGUCAGUUCCCCCUCAGCUCCGUGAGGAGGUUCUGGGUUUGCUGAGGAAAUUUGGAACAACGGGCUCCUUCCAGAAAUCUUGGCAGAAAUUUGUAUCUCAAUCCCCCGAAUAA